UGGCGUUUGGAAUAACCCCCGUGUGCGAACGAGUAUGUGUGUGCGCGCGCGUGUGUGUGCGUCUCCUGAUUUCACCCUCUCACACGCACACAGAGCCUACACACUCAUCACAACACAGUCAGACGCACACAUUGACUGGCUGUCUGACUGCAGUACAUGCUAAGAGAGGAGCUCCGGCAGCAGAAAACCCGCUCGGAAAGGAUUCCGGUUCCAUUUUUACGCGCAACUUUUUUUAUUUUUUUCCUUCCGUCGGCGACGUUUUCCGCCGCUUCCCCAUCGCCUCGUGUGGAUUUCUAACAACCGUUCUCCUUGGCUGUUUCUAACGGACAACCAGCGGAGGUGUCAAGCCCGCCCGGAAUCGGAUCUCCUGUCACCGGUGGGGAGGCGGGGGGAGGGGGGGUUGCUUGUUGUCAUUAUCGCGCGGAGACGCGCAGCUGGAGAGCAGACGGAAGCGGCUGUGACCAGUUUGUGGACUGGACCCCCGGACAGCUACACCAGGAUGGCCACGCGAGGAAACUCUCUGAAACCGAACUGAGCACGCACAGACAAACAGGUCUUUUGGUGAGAAAACUGGAAGACUUUUGAAGCUAAAGAAAGGAUCUACAAGCACUUUUCCUUAUAGAAAAAUCACUCAAGGAAUCUUCUGUCGUUUGAUGAACUGGACAGAGACCAACGCACAGCAACAUUAGUGUUUACAAAAUGGCAAAAGGAGAGAAACAUUUCUGAUGUUAUCCACUAAAGCUCCCCUUUUAUUUCCACUUCCUGAUUCCUGUUUCCAGCCUGGCUUUACAAUCAGUCUAUUUCAGCAAUGGACGGGUACUUCCUGUUUCUGUGAACUUGUUGGCAGCCCUCAAAGGUUCAGCUAUCAUGCCUGGUAGUCGUGGGACCUUGUAACCCUCCAGAACCCGCCCUCCCAACUCCCCCACCACCCCCCUCUCUCCUCCCUCUUCUAAACCCACAGAAGAGCUUCACGAAAAUGGAGGCCCGUGAAUCAGCUGCCGCGGGGCAGAGAUGCUCAAAUAAGGAACCAGCGAAGGAGAAGGCGCUUCUGCAAAGAAAGUGGGCGUCCGAGCCCUCUGCUACCACCAAACGAAGCACUUUUGCUGACCCGGAGGCAAAACACCGUGAGAGUUUGCCUUGUGGUGCCACGGGGGGAUCAGCACCCCAGCAGAAGUACGCAAUCCAGGGGAAUUCUAGGAAGCUGCUAACUGGACCUUCUGCAGUUGGGGCCAUGGGAGGCCCGCCAUCUCAAGACCCCCAAGGGCCCUUUCCUCAGGGGUUCCCAAGGGGAUACUCCUACCAGCUCGGCCAGCCGUACCCUCAGCACCCCCAAACUGAGCGAUUCCUCUCAGGAGCCAAACCCCAGCCAGGUCUAGAGCCUCAUGCCUGGCCAUUUGCUGGCCAGUUGCCCUCGGAUGACCUGUACCCUGUAGGACACCCAGGACACACUCAUCCUCACGGGGCUGGGGGAGGGAGGUUUCCCCGCCAGAAAUCUCCCAGUUUACCCAGCUCCUUCGGACAGUAUUCUCAGUCAGGCCCUGAGCCUGGAGAGGAGGGCUAUAGCAAAAAAGAGCAGAAGCCGAAAAAGCCCGGUAAGUACAUCUGUCACUACUGUGGACGAGCUUGUGCCAAGCCCAGCGUCUUGAAGAAGCACAUCCGCUCACAUACUGGUGAGAGGCCAUAUCCUUGUGUACCCUGUGGCUUUUCCUUCAAAACCAAGAGCAACCUUUACAAGCAUCGCAAGUCUCACGCUCAUGCCAUCAAGGCUGGACUCGUACCAUUUUCAGAGCUAGCUGUGGCCCGCAGCGGGGACAUGGACCAGGCAUCCCCAGUGGGCGAGGCCGAGGCCCACUCAGAUGGAGAGCAGAGUACCGACACAGAUGAGGAAGGUGUGGAGGGCUCCACCAUGCUGACGGACAAAGAUAGUCCCAUCCCGCAGAUCCCCUUUGACGCUGACAAGAAUACAGGUGGUGUGGAACCAGCAUAUGCAGACUCAGCUGAAGAGCUGCCGGUCGGGUCUAUAAAAGUGCCUAUCCUUAUUGUCCCAAAGCCUGGGGGAGUCCCCUCCACAGGGAUGGAGUGCCCACCCUUUCAGGACAUAAAGGGGUCACACCACAUGUUCUCAUCACAUGCUGCCGGGAGAGCGCGCUCACUGGAUGACUCCCCUACCAUCAAAGAACGUUUGGCCCUGAGGCUGAAUGAGAAAAAAGGUCAGGAGUCUGACUCUGCCAUGACCCAGUCCCUGAACCUCCUCAGUCCUCACAGCAAAGGCAGCACAGACUCUGGCUACUUUUCACGCUCUGAGAGUGCAGAUCAGCAGAUCAGCCCUCCAAAUACUAAUGUAAAGACGUACGAAGAGAUUAUGUUUGGUCGGACUUGGUACUACCGACCCAACUCCAGAUCCCGACAGUCUAUCACAGUGGGCAUGGCAGGGGCGGACCCCAGCCUAGCUAGCUUAAAGCAACCAGGUGCUAUUCUAGACAUGGGGAAGAUAGCUGAGGAUCCCAUCUGUUUCAGAGGUGAUGUAGGAAUCUCUGGAGAUCCCAAGCAAUAUCCAACAGGACCCUGUCAAAGCAGUACAGGCCUUCUGGAGCCUCCAUCGGACUCUGGGACCCUCAUUAGGAGUAACUCCAUGCCAACUUCUUCCCCUCCUAACCUUAGCGUCCCCCCAGCGAUUCGAGGCAGCCACUCUUUCGAUGAGAUGAUGACAACGGAUGAUGUGUUUUACCCACCAGGGCGCAGACUCAGGAGACAGGCUGCAUUCGAGCAUUCGGCCAAUGAAGCCCAUGUAGGAGAGGCUGAGGGCUAUGGACACAUGCCCAAGAAUUUAGCUUCAUCUUUGGGUAUGAAGAUUGCUGAGCGCAACCCAGGAGUCCAGGAGCACAUUGCCUACAGCCCACAUGAUACUAAAGUUAGCAUGUCAGAAAUAGCCACAAGAAAAAGGAGGAAAGAGAAGAGUGUUGGGGAUGAAGAGGACAGCCCUGGGCACGACAGUAGCUGUAGCGGUUCAGUGGAGAUGAUAGGGGACUAUGAGUUUAAAAAAGGUAGUUUUGAUGGGUCGAGAGGCACCCCAACGGGGAAAGGCUCUCUUUACAGCGCUCACAGCCAGUCUGACAGCUUUGAUACCUGUGCCAGUAUAUGCUCUGAGGACAAUGUACUGUUUCCUGACUCUGAGGGCAGGAAGACAGCUGGGAAUGUCAUAUCAGUCAUCCAGCACACCAACUCCCUCAGCCGGCCAAAUUCCUUUGAGAAGUCAGAGUCCUUUGAGCAGCCAGGAUAUCAGCCCUCAGAUAAAGCUCCAUCUAGCCAGUACUCCGAACAGUCCGACACAGAGAUCUUUGAAGAUGCUCUGAGUCCUGAAUCUGCCCUACUGAGGACAGAGAGCAUGGAGCAGCAGCUGCAAAGUGACAGUGACCUGGCGUCCCUCUCAUCUUCGUCAGCCGCAGCAUCGCCUGGCCAGCCUUAUCACAUCCCACACAAGCUGGUCCGACAACCCAACAUCCAGGUUCCUGAGAUCAGGGUGACGGAGGAGCCAGAUAAGCCUGAGAAAGAUGCAGAAGCUUCGAUGACCAAGGAGCCGGAGAAGCAGCUGCAGCAUGUGGAGGAGUUCCAGCUGCCACAGAGGAGUGACACACUCGCCCAGAUGCCAUCGGAAAAGCUCCCGCCCAAGAAGAAGAGGCUGCGCCUGGCAGAUAUGGAGCACUCAUCAGGGGAAUCAAGCUUUGAGUCAACCUGCACCAGCCUUUCUCGCAGCCCCAGUCAGGAGAGCAACCUGUCCCACUCCUCUUCCUUCUCCAUGUCCUUUGAUAGAGAGGAAGGCCUCAAGUCUGUCUCACCCACCAAACAGGAUGACUCGUUGGCAUCUGGUGGUGGACCUAAGCAGUCGGAGUUCCUGACGGUACCUGGCAGUGGUCAUUCCAGCCACCACCAGCAGAGGGAGAUGAGAAGGUCUUCAUCGGAGCAGGCGCCAUGCACGCUGCCCACAGAGUUGCCUGAAAUGCGCAGCAAAUCAUUUGACUAUGGGAGCUUGUCCUCCUCCAGACAGGGAGAGAUAUACUCCAGUGCCUCUGCGAUGAAAGAACGCCGGCGUGGAUAUCUUGUCCGACAGGCAUCCCUGAGUGUUUAUCCAGAGGCAGUCGUCCAGGAACCAGGGGGUGCUGAGAUGUCAAUCAAACAGGAGAGUCUGGAACAUGGGCCAUGGCCUGGCCCAACAGGAUCCCCCCACAGCAGCAGCGAUGUAGCCAGCAGAACCAAGAGAGCUGGCAGUAGCGCUGGUGGUGUAGGAUCUCACCAACACCAACAGCACCACCAGCAUCUCCUCCAGCACAGUAUCAGUGAGGACAGCCUGCAGGAAGAACCUCUCCACGUCAGGUCCAAUCAGCAUCGCCUGCAGGCCCAGGGCUCGUCAUCGGAGGGAGAAUAUCCAGGUCACGAGGUCAUGAACAAGGAAGUAAUCCAGCAGUACCCGAGUGGUCCCCCUUUCCUUUCCUACCAGCAACCAGGUCUGUUCUGGAGUCAGGAGGCCAGUCAGGCAUCCAGACAGCAGCUGACCCUCCAGGCCCAGCAGCAACUCCAAAAACUCCACAUCCGAUCACCAGGCUCCCUGUCUGGACACCCACUCCACAAACAACCACCGCUCCACUCCCUGCAUCAAAUCCACGAUCAGCAGCCACAUGAUGGGGGAUCAGAAAACCCUGGCUCUCAAGUGUACCCUGCGUCUUUCUCAUCUCGCACCUCUCCAAUGUCCCAGCAACAACAGCAAAACUUUGCUUCUCUCUCCUCCAAGCACUCCCUGCUCACUUCCACCACCGCCUCCAUGCUUCUGCAGCAGGUCCAACCUGUCUUUGCCACCCAGAACCUGGGCUCCCAGUCCUCUCUGUCUGGUAUGACGGUUCCUGUGCGGCUCCAAACCCAUGUGCCAUCCUAUGGUAGUGUUAUGUACACCAGUGUUAGCCAGCUGAUAGCCACACAUUCAGCCAGGCCGGGCAUUGCUGACAGCAGCAACAUGUCGUCUCCAGUGUGCGCUGUGAGUGCCAGCAAACCACCUGGAGGAAUUGGAGGAGGCAUUAACGGGACAGGCUUCAACCUAUCCCACUUCCUCGGACAGAUGGAUGGCACGACGCUGCGCUACUCAGCCUGGAAGGUUCCCGAUUCACUACCAGAGCAAUUCCUGAAUACAGGGAUCCCACUGUCACUAACGUCAGGCACCAUAUCCACAACAGAUGCCUCGGGAUCGGGCGUCGGAGGCAGCAAGCGCAUGCUUUCCCCCACCAGCUCUCUGGAGCUCUUCAUCGAGACUAAGCAGCAGAAAAGAGUGAAGGAAGAGCGGAUGUAUGGACAGAUUGUUAAGGAGAUGAGUGCAGUGGAGCUGAGUGGCACUGAAAGCUGUAGCAAACCUGAAAAGGGGCAGGGCAGAGGUCAGCGAGCUUGCCUGAAGAGCGAAGGCUCCAUGGAUGAUUCUGAAAGGAUGUCCUCUUCUCCUCCACUGAGUGACUUCCCAGUUGCCACCAAGAUAGCCAUUCCUGUCCGUUCCUCUGCCCCUCACCUCCCUGACGUUCCCCGGGCCGAGAGCUUCACUCCUCCUCUCCAGAUUGUCACCGACCGUUCCCCAGUUUCAGGUGGUCGGGACUCCCCAGAGGAGCUCGAUGUGGACGAUUCAGUCCCAGAGCCCAGCUCCAGCCCCCAGUCCAUGGUGUCCUCCAACGACGCAGACGACACUGACAACGCAAAUCAGCCCACACCCAAUACAAUUCCUGUCAGCAUGCGGGUUCAGCUAGCUGCCAAACAAAGCGCAGGAUUACCCGAAGCAGUGGGCCAGACUUUGCUACUCACGGAUGUGGCUGAGCAGUUUUUCCAGUUCCCAAGUCUGCGCACUAUGAGCCGAGUCAGCUGGUGUUUCCUGAACUACACCAAACCCAACAGCACCCAAACUGCCUCGCAUAGCUCCGUCUACAACUCGUGGGGUGUAAGCUCAUACAACCCCAAUCCUCUGAACCUUAGCACCAAGGCUGCGCUGGCCCUGCUGAGGUCCAAACAGAGGACAAACACCGAUUCCAUGUACUCAACUGCAGCCAUGUCGCCACCCAGCUCUGGAAAGCUGGUGUCAUCUGUGGCCUGGAAGCUGAGGUUUGAUCAGUUAAAACCAGAGCUGAUGCCAGUUGAUGUCGGUAAUUAUGGGAGGAAGAUGAAGGGAGUUGUGUCAUGGGACCGUUCGAAGGAGGAGCAGGUAGAGAAGGAGGUCUCGGUCAAACAGACCGCCACUGAACCGACCCGCAUCAAGAUCUUCGAAGGCGGGUACAAAUCCAAUGAGGACUAUGUUUACGUUCGCGGCCGCGGUCGGGGGAAAUAUAUCUGCGAAGAGUGCGGCAUCCGCUGUAAGAAACCCAGCAUGCUGAAGAAACACAUCCGAACGCACACCGACGUCCGGCCGUACGUCUGCAAGUUCUGCAACUUCGCUUUCAAGACGAAAGGAAACCUGACGAAGCACAUGAAGUCUAAGGCUCAUAUGAAAAAGUGUCUGGAGUUGGGAGUCUCCAUGUCUUCUGUUGAGGACAACGAGGCGGAGGAAGGAGACGUCGGAGAGGAAGGCCAGAGGUCUGACAAGAUGUCCCGCGGCGCCAUGGCGGAGCACCAGUUCUCGGACGCCGACGACUCGGACGGCGGCGAGGACGACGGCGACGAGGUGGACGACGAGGACGACGACGAGGACGACUACGACGGCGACUCCACGCCGAAGACCCGCUCGCGCUCCACCAGCCCGCAGCCGUACAGCCUGCCCGCCGUGUCCAUCACCGUGGCCGUGGCGUCCUCCCAUCCCGCGCCGCACCUCGCUCACCCCUCGCCAUCGGACCUCCUGGACAACGCCCACAAGCCCCCGCUGUUUGGCUACUUCACCACCGUGCCGAGCAUCCAGAUCACGCCGCAGGAGGAGUACCAGCGAGGCCUGGGCAGCCGGCUGCUGGCUCCGCCCCCCUCCUCCUCCUCCUCCAUGGAUGAAGACCUCCCAGACCUCUCCUCACCCUCCUCCCGCCUCUCCUCACCCGGGCCGGAUCACUCCGGCUGCCCGUCCCCGAUCUCCCCUUCCUCGUCUCCCUCAGCGCGUCGAUACCUCUCCCCGCGCCGGGACCUCUCGCCCCGCGCCGGACACCUCUCCCCCCGGCGGGACAUCUCUCCUCUGCGUCACAUCUCCCCCAGGAGGGACCUGGGGGCAGGGGGCGCUUACAGGCGAGACCUCUCCCCCCGCAGGGGACACCUCUCGCUGCUCUCGCCCCUCUCUCGGCCCACGUCUCCGGCGGGAAGAGACUACAAGCGUGACAUGUCGCCGCGCGGCCGCCACAGGGCCAUGAUCCGGCCUGUUUCUCCUCGCCGAGGGCUCCACCAACACCUCCACCACCAAAGCCAGCAGAGUGGAUCGCGGGGUCUCAGGCCGGCUCACCAGGCCGGGGUGCUGGGUCCGGCAGAGCUGGGACGUCGCAGAACCAGCGCAGAGAUGGAGAUGGAACACGGUCUGGGCUCGCCAUCGCCAGGGCAACGGGAGUCCAGUCCACCUCACCAGGUUCUGUUCAGUCACCUUCCUCUCCACUCUCAACUCCAGGUGCGUUCGCCGUUCCCGAUGAUCCCCAUCGGAGGGAUCCAGAUGGUACACUCCGUCCCCGCGUCCGUCACCUCCGCUCUGGGCCAGCAGGGGCCACCGCAGGUCGCCUCCCGCCUGCUGCUGCCGCAGAGCGCCUCGGAGGGCUCCGCCGCCAGCGAGAGGGGGGCCCAGAGAGGGGGAGGCGAGCAGCCGAGGGGGUCGCCUUCGCAGGAGAGGGAGGGAGGAGGAGCGAGGAAGGAGCAGGAGGAGAGCAUCCAGACCUGCACCAACGCCAUCGCCUCGCUGUGCAUCGACUCCAGGGAGCUCGCCGAGAGAGGCGCCGGAGGGGCUAAAGACGGAGGCAGACCCUCCUCCUCGUCUCCUUCUGCGCCGUCCCACGACUCCCAACAACAGCGGCGCUCGCCAUCCGUCUCCAUGUCGCCGCCGUCUCCUCCGCAGGGUCCCGGGAUUCAGCACUUUAGCGGCGGCCUGGAGCUCAGGCCUCCCCAGCCAUCGUCAAUCCCUGCCGCCUCCCCUCACUCCUCCUCCUCCUCCCACUCCUCCUCCUCCUCCUCUCCUCACCCCCCCAGCCCCGGCGCCGAAACCCUCCAGCCUCCCGCGGCGUCCACGUCUCUCAAGCCGGAGAGAGACAGGGAGGCCGGAAGCACAAAAAGAAGCAAAGAGGUGUCGUAGGGCUGCAGAGGAAGGACAGGAGGAGGAGGAGAGACAAUGGAUUUUUUUUUUUUUGGGAUAAUAGGAAGGGAUGAAGUGCAACAGAGAGAGGAAAAAAAACUACUUUUGCACACUUUACACACAUAUUCAUACACACAGUACAUACACUCUCUCUCUCACACACACACACACACACACACACACAAUGCAUACAAUGAAAAAAAGACAAAUGGACUUCUGCAGUUUAAAUGUUUGUGUGCAGCAUGCCUGUUCUAACCGGGGCCUGCUCUCACAAGACCUUCUUAUUUAAAGACUUUAAAGAGGACCUGCAUACGGUUACACAUGUACGGUAACUCCCACCAACACGAGCCCGACCAAAAUCUGCUAAAAAAAAAAAACGGAAAGAAAGGACUCGUACGGUACGUUAAAAAAGAAAAAAAUCACAAAAAAAGAAUCAGACAGCUACGUGUGUGCCUUUUCUUUCAUCUUUUCUUUUGUUACUUUUGUUGCUUAUAUUCUUAUAAGCACUCAAAGCAGGAAGGUAAAUGUAAAUACAAUACUAUCACGUUUUUGCGUAUCAGCUUUGUAAUAAAUGCAACCCCCCCCCCCAUCCCCCUUUUCCUUCUCCUUCCUUUCUCCGUCCCCUCUUUUUCCUGUGUUUCUUUCUCUUUCUCUCUCUUUUUUUUUUGUUUUUGGACACCUUAAAGUCUCGACAAGCGAUGUGAAGUUAUGGAUAUUACUAUUACGUACGGUUGCACUAAAACAUAUUUUUAUAUGAGUGAAAUUUUAAAAAAAUUGCUUCUUUUUUUUGUGUACAGCAGCAAUUCUAUAAUACUAUUUAUUAUUGUUACCAUGUUUCAUAAAAUGUACAUUUUUUUUUUCCUAAAUGUCGUGGAUGCCUUUUUCUAUGUGAAGCAUGGGUUUUUUUGCUAUCGCUUACAUUAGGGCGAGGAUAUGUAUACACUGUAAUAUGGCUUUAUAUGUUAGACCUAUUUAUAUACGUCUAAGUGGAGGUAUAUAAAGAUAGAAGUAAGAUUUACCAGAAUAUUUACCCAGCAUAUGAAUACAUACAGUAUAUAGAAUCUAUCAACCUGCCUAUCCAUCUAUCUAUCUAUCUAUCUAUCUAUCUAUAUCUAUCUCUCUAUCUGCACUUAACAUGUAAAAUGACAUUCACAUUGAGGUUAUUGUCGUUUGCUUGUACAUUUUCUCUGCUGCUCUUCACCUGUCCCUGCUUGUGAUUUCUCUCGUUUUUUAGUUUUUUUUUACUUGCUUAUGUGGUAUUAUUUUAGAUUUUUACGCUGCACAGACUUGCUCUCAGCAUUAAGUGAAUGAACAUGCCUUCUUGCACCGUGGCAUUCUGCUCAAAUUGUUGGUUUUUACCCGACCGCACCGGCCCUUUCUCCACACACACACACACACACACACACACACACACACACACACACACACACACCCCACUCCUCCCCAACACCAAUAUAUCAAUGUUUAAAUUAAAGGAAGCUCCGCAUUCUGAUAAAAAAAAACUACUUUUGAGCUUGAAUGAAUACAGUUUUAUUCGUCGUUUAUAUAUCUGAACGGGGAAAACAUUCCAGUCCAUGUAAAUAUUCAGUCACACCCCCCCUAAACACACACAUACACGUACAUAUAUAUUUUUUUCGUUUUGUUGCAUUGACGCACAUUGUGGCCAUGGCAAUCAACCCACCGAAACUCUUAUUUAAUGGAUUUAUUCCUGGGGACACGUAUACAAACACAUACACCAAACUCUCGGACAAAUGCACCUUAUAUUUCGUAGGAUCUCUGCUAUGAAACGUCCCAGCACUCUGAUCCGUCUUUUUUUGUUUUUUAGCAGCAAACUUUGAUUGAAAUUGAAAGUGUUUAGGAGGAAAGCUGCUCUGCACUCUGAAACCCCCAAAACUGUCUGACAAAAAUAGUCCUAAUGAUACAUUUAACAGAUGCGACAUUGAGGCUUUCUGCACUGCUUUUUGAUCUCCUCUCCUCCACAUCCCUUUUUUUCGUAGCUAAGCAAUAUUUAGCCAAAACUCUGCUCAGCAGCAGGGAGUGUGUUUGUUGCAAGGCAACAAUAAGCGUUCUUAAAAAAAAAUAAAAACCUAAAAUCAGGAGACGGAGGGAGCACUUGGAGGUUGUGUGUGUGUGUGUGUGUGUGUGUGUGUGUGUGUGUGUGUGUGUGUGUGUGUGUGUGUGAUUUCAGUGGCGCAACUCUUUUCUCUUUUGACAGUUUUGGGUGGAGUCGGGCAGGCUGCAAUGUGAGUGUGUAUCUCUGUACUCUGUAUCGGUGUGUAUUCCACCAGUAUAUCCUCUUCUUACGACUUUUUUCUAUUUCGAUCCUCCUUCUGUUAUGUACACUUAUGAUGACAAAGAUGUCUUUAAAAAAAAAAAAAAAUCUCUUUCUCUCUUUCAAAGAUAUCAAAGCACAAGUCAUUGUAUAGAAAUGACAACAAUACAAAAAAAAAAAGGUAAACGUGCAUUUUAAAAGGGUAACUUUUGUGAUGGUGUUCUGUGGAAUUAAUACAUAUAUCAUGUAUGACCCCAGUUGCAAAGAGGAAUCGCAGUAGAAGUGGAAAAAUGGAUUGUUGUUUUCAAAUAAAUAUGAAUAGAAUCAUG